CAUAAUGUCCAUCCGCACCAAGCUGCAGAACAAGGAGCAUUUGAUUGAGGCCCUCCGCAGGGGCAAGUUCAAGUUCCCUGGCCACCAGAAGAUCCACAUCUCCAAGAAGUGGGGAUUUACUAAGUUUAAUGCAGAUGAAUUUGAAAACAUGGUGGCAGAAAAGCGGCUCAUCCCAGAUGGCUGUGGGGUCAAGUACAUCCCUAAUCGUGGCCCCCUGGACAAAUGGCGGGCCCUGCACUCAUGAGAGCCUUGGCGCUGCCC